GAGAGGGAGCGAAAGAGAGAGAGAGAGCGAAAGAGAGAGAGAGAGAGAGAGGAGCGAAAGAGAGAGAGAGAGAGAGCGAAAGAGAGAGAGAGAGAGAGAGCGAAAGAGAGAGAGAGAGAGCGAAAGAGAGAGAGAGAGCGAAAGAGAGAGAGAGAGAGAGCGAGAGAGAGCGAGAGCGAAAGAGAGAGAGAGAGAGAGCGAGAGAGAGCGAAAGAGAGAGCGAGAGAGCGAAAGAGAGAGCGAGAGAGCGAAAGAGAGAGCGAGAGAGCGAGAGCGAAAGAGCGAGAGAGCGAAAGAGUGAGAGAGCGAAAGAGUGAGCGAGAGAGCGAAAGAGUGAGCGAGAGCGAAAGAGUGAGCGAGAGCGAAAGAGUGAGCGAGAGCGAAAGAAUGUCCUCUAUGGAAUCUGAAGGGUCUGGAGGGCGUAGAGAGCCCCAUGGGAAAUCCUCCCACAAGUGCAAACAUCUUGAGUGCAGUUCCUGUAGGCACCCUAUCUGCGCCUCCUGCCGACCCAGACUUCCACCAAAUCAGGAACCAUCUAUGCAAGAUAUGUUUGUGUGGGUGAAAGACUUUGUCUUUGGUUCCAUUAAGGAGCUGAAGGACUCCCUAGCUGUUGCCCCUCCUGCCAGUAAGAAACCUAGGAGAAGUGAUACACCGAGUCCUGGAUGA